GCAGCGAGCGGGGCCUGGAGUCCUGCGGGUGGCCCGGCCGAGGCCGCUGGGCUUCGGGCUCUGGCACUGGGCACGGGGUGGGCCGCCUUAACUACUACCUCUUCCUGGUUUUAUUCAUGUUCUGAGGAUUGUGUGAGAAGGAACCAUGGAUCCUAAAGCCUUGGUGGAAGCCGUUAUAGAAGAAGUGGCCUGUCCCAUCUGCAUGACCUUCCUAAAGGAGCCUGUGAGCAUUGACUGUGGCCACAGCUUCUGCCACAGCUGUCUCUCUGGACUCUGGAAGGUCCCAGGAGAAUCCCAGAACUGGGGUUAUACCUGUCCCCUCUGUCGAGCUCCUUUCCAGCCAAGGAUCCUGAGGCCUAAUUGGCAACUGGCUAAUGUUGUAGAAAAAGUUCGUCUUCGAGGGCUUCAUCCAAGAAUGGAGCUGAAGGGUGAUGUGUGUGAGCUCCAUGAGGAAUAGCUAAAGAUGUUCUGCAAAGAGGAUGGCCUGAUGAUGUGUGAAUCCUGCAGCCAGUCCCCAGAGUAGUGUGCCCACAGUGUCGUGCCCAUGGAAGAAGCCCACAGUGUCGUGCCCAUGGAAGAUGUCGCCUGGGAGUAUAAGUGGAAGCUCCAUGAGGCUCUGGAACACCUGAAGAAAGAGCAAGAAGAAGCCUGGAAGCUGGAAGUUGGUGAGAGGAAACAAACAGCCAAUUGGAAGAUACAGAUGGAAACCCAAAAGCAGAGUAUCAUGUGGAAGUUUGAGAAAUAUCAACGAUUACUAGAGAAAAAACAGCCACCAGGUCGGCAGCUGGAGAUAGAGGCAGCUGCUGCUCUGGCCAGCCUAGAGCAGGAGGAGGUGGAGAUCAUGCAGAAACUGGAGCUGAAUCAUGGUGAGCUCAUUCAGCAGAGCUGGGUCCUGUGCAGAGUGAUUGUGGAGCUGGAAGAGAGGUCUCAGAGGCCGGUGUGCUGUAUGCUGCAGGGCAUUCAGGAAGUCUUAAACAGGAGCAAGGCUUAGAGCCUGAAGCGGCCAGAGCCAGUCUCUCUGGGGCUGAAGACAGAUUGUCGUGUGCUGGGGCUAAGAGCGAUCCUAAAGACCUAUGCUGCUGAUGUGCACCUUGAUCCAGACACUGCUUACUCUCGCCUCAUCAUGUCCAAGGACAGAAAGUGCGUGCACUAUGGAGACACUUAGUAGAAACUGCCUGACAAUCCUGAGAGAUUUUACCGCUGCAGUAUUGUCCUGGGCAGCCAAUGCGUCUCCUCAGGCUGGCACUACUGGGAGGUAGAGGUGGGAGACAGGUCUGAAUGGGGCCUGGGAGUGUGUAAGGAAAACAUAGACCAGAAGGAGGUGGUCUGUUUAUCCCCCUGCUAUGGAUUCUGGGUGAUCAGGCUGAGGAAAGGAAAUGAGUACCGUGCAGUCACUGAUGAAUAACACCUGCUGUCCUUGCCAGUCUCUCCACGCAGGGUGGGAGUCUUCCUGGAUUAUGAGGCCCAUGACAUCUCCUUCUACAAUGUGACUGACAAUGGCUCCCACAUUUUCACGUUCCCCCACUAUCCCUUCCCUGGGCACCUCCUGCCCUAUUUUAGUCCUUGCUACAGCAUCGGAGCCAACAAUGCUACUCCUCUGGCCAUAUGCUCCCUGGAUAGGGAGGACUAA